AUGGAUGCCGUGAACAAGAUAGUCACUUUGUUGUUUCUCAUAGUUCACGGGACUUUGGGAGCAAAUUACACACAGCUUUUGGAUUUCUAUUCCGCGACCAUCACAAGUGGCGCUUACAAUAGCAAGGUUUUCCCGCGGGAUACCCAGGCUGAUGUUAUAAACGUUGAUAUGAUAUUCUAUCUUUCGUCCAUUAAAGAAUUCGACGAGGUUGCAGGGACGCUUGAGUUAAUCGGUAUCCUAAAGAUAACAUGGACUGACCAGCUGAUAGGAGACCAGUACAACUGGGCAAUACACGGAAACAUCAGUGAUAUUCUCAUCUCUUCCUCCAAUAUAUGGGUCCCUACCGUCACCGUAUUUAACUCCGUCUCCAAGAUUAAAGUGGUCGGAGACGUAACCAACAAGAUUCGCUGUAACCAGGUUACUGGUGCGAUGGAGUGGUGGCCCGGAAUCGUGCUGAAGACAGGAUGCAAUGUCGACGCCUCUAACUUUCCGUUUGACAAACAAGAGUGUAAGGUAACUUUUACAAAUUGGGGAUACAGGAAUACAGAGGUGCGUUUUGCUAUCUCGUCUAACGAAGUAAAUUUGGAUAAUUACCGAGAUAACGAAGAAUGGAGUAUUGAGAAAACUGUCCUGGAGACAGAAGACGUCAACAGCAUCAAUUAUGCCACAUUUACCCUGACUCUGGCCAGACGUUCUCUCUUCUUUCUCGCGAAUUUGGUGUUUCCAAUCCUUAUUCUGAGUCUCCUUAACGCUAUUGUCUUUCUACUUCCGCCAGCGACAGGAGAAAGAAUCUCUUAUUCUAUCACAGCUUUCAUGUCCUUUGCAGUGUAUUUGACUUUGACUUCUGAGAACUUGCCGCGGACGUCGGAGCCGUUGUCCAUCCUAUGUGUGUAUCUCAUGAUUAUGACCUGUAUUAGCGCUGGAACUGCACUUUUCACAAUCACAACGCUCCGGGUUUUUCACACAGAGGAGGAAGAGAAAAUACCGGACAGACUGGCCACCAUCGUCGCCGUCUUAAAUUGCAAAAUAUGUAAGGACGAAGAUGACGACGACGACGAAAUGGAGAUAUUUGCUAUAAAAACGCCAGAUCCUCUAGAUUCUAAAAAUGCACCAUUAGAUAUGGUUGACCCUGGGGCCGACCUUGGUGACAACGAAAAGGCGCCGUUACCGGACGACGACGACGAGGCUGUAGAUGACGAGGAAAAUGAAGAAAAAGAAAUCGUGAAAGGUAAAUACGGUGUAGAUUGGAAGCUUAUUUCGGCCACUCUGGACUUUUUAUUCUUCCUCGUAUUUGUGGCUGGGAAUGCUCUCAUCACUUUCUUCUUCCUCGUACCGUUAGCAGCCACAAUGUAA